AUGGACCUGGCGCUGCAGCAACGGGAUGAGGUCGACCACAACACCGAGCUGACGCAUGCCAAACCCGACACGAGACCCGCUGCCGCCAACGCCAACGCCAACCAAGACGACGACGACCACCGGGAGACGACGCCCAAGAUGUUGGCCCACGAUUCCAUGGUCACUGUCAGGCUUUCCGAGCCGCCUACUCUGACCCUCGACACCAAUGUUGGCCCCGAUUCACCCCCGAGGAGGAGACCUAGCACUGUCAAGAUUGAAAAGCUUCCCUUCCCGACAGAGACGCUAGAGGUCAAGACUCAGAAUCAGCCAGAGGACGAGACCGACGACACGCCACCCAGCGACCCUACGACGCCGUUACCUGUUACGAACGCUACUCGGAAUCUUCAAGACGAGCUUGUGGACUGCGAGGACGAGGCCGAAGAAGAGGGAGACCGCAUCACUUCACUACCAGCUAGGGGAACCCUACUCGAGACGCCCAUAGAAUUUAAGAGGCCCGUGGUGGACGAAGCUGAAGAAGAGGACGAGGAGGAAGUCAAUUGGGACGAACUGCAGAAAUCCGAAGCACAAGAACCUAGGGACGCGGAUACAGAUAGAGUAAGUGCAUCCUGUGGCUACUCAAACAGCAACUUUGUCGAGGCUCACAGUUCCCAGUCUACAGCCAUGUUGCUGGCCAUGCUAGAGCAGGAAAACGAUAAGUUGGCGACGAACCCCAAGACCAUCAAAGUUCAAGCCGUGGAACAAGUGGCCGCUUCCAAUCGCCCGAGACCGCCAUCAAUGGCACAAUUACGACACAUGGUCCACGGGCCAACACCACCGGCCUUGCGAUACUCGAUGCUCCCGCCGCCACCAAUGACCGAUCUCGAGUUUUACGCCGCAUUGGUCAAGGACUAUCAACAGACGGCAGCUCGAUUGCCAACGCUUCUAUCGAACAAGAUACGCAAAGGCAUCCCCCCUCCGCUACGAGGCGUUGUAUGGCAAAGCAUGGCAGGCGCAAGAGAUUCCGCACUCGAGGAGCAAUACGAGCGAUUCACGGGCGAGUCGAGUCCCUACGAGCCCAUUAUCGGCAAGGACCUCGGUCGGAGUUUCCCUGGAGUCGACAUGUUUCGCGACCCCGAGGGCGACGGACAACGCAUGCUCGGCCGGGUUCUCAAAUGCUUCAGUCUCUACGAUACGAAAAUUGGUUACUGUCAAGGGCUGGCUUUUCUUGUUGGCCCUCUCUUGAUGCACAUGCCCGAUAAACAGGCAUUUUGUGUUUUAGUCCGAUUGAUGGAACGAUAUGAUCUGCGAAGCUGUUUCCUGCCAGACCUGUCAGGACUGCAUGUCCGCAUCUACCAGUUUCGAGAGCUUCUUCGAGAGCACAUGACACCAGUAUCGAACCAUCUGGAGGAAUUGCAAGUCGAUCCGGCGUACGUUUCACAAUGGUUCCUCAGCUUUUUUGCUGUUACAUGUCCCCUGCCGAUGCUGUUUCGCAUCUACGAUGUCAUCUUUGCCGAGGGGGCCCCGGAGACCCUGAUGCGGGUCGCCCUAUCCCUGAUGCAGAAGAAUCAGGCCCGGAUUUUAGCGUGCACCGAGCUCGAGGAUGUCAUGCAACUUCUCCUUUCGAGGGGUCUGUGGGAUUGCUACCAUUACAACGCAGAUGAAUUUGUGCAGGACUUUGUCAGUUUAUCGGGCGUUGUCACCAGAGAGACAUUGCUACAGUUGGAGCAGGGGUACAGAGACGCGCAAAUUGCUAGCGCUAAUGCGGCGCGUUCCUCCGACGUGACCACUGCAGCCUCCCGAUUCCUCGGCCGCAUUUGGGCUUCCUCCACCAUCAUCUCCCCGAAGUCCUCCUCCACCCUCAGCCCGGGCCUCACCGCUCCGUCACGGCCUUUGAGCAUGCUGCGCAGGAGCACAUCGAAGCAGAGCCUGGCCUCCACUCUCAAUUCGAUGGAAGCCAGCUCCGUCAGCGUUCUCAGUCCUGCAUCCACCGAAGCCACCACCGUCUCCCGAGAUUCAUCAAACACCGACAGCGCAUCCAUCCGCGAAUCGACGCCCAUCCCUAGCGGCGGCAAGGCCUUCAAUGGCGGCAAGAACAACAAGGAGAAUGCACUGCACACCCAGAUCGAAGACCUCCUCACUGCAUUGACCGAAUUGCAACGAAACCAUGCAUCGCUCGCAAACGAACUCCAAAAGGAACGGGAACAGCGCGAGGACGAUAAGCAGGCUGUCCGGUCGCUACUGGACGGUCUGCGCAAGAAGGCCAGCAACGACUCUGUCGGUACCGAUGCGAGCGUCGAUACUCUCAAGGCGACCGAUGACCCCGCAAAUGAGGCACGCGAGGGAGGCGAGGGAGAUGUGUCCACUGCCAAGACAGGCGAGCAAGAUACCCCGUCACCAGGAGACCUAUCACAACUCCUCGAUAAUGUCGAAGAACGAUUUGGGCGCCAUGGCGGCGUCGGCGUCGAACGCAGAAUGUCCAGAGGCGAAUCCAAAUCGCAAAUGCAACAGGAAUUGCAGCAACUCAAGGACCAGCUCGCCAGCGCGGUAUCACAGUCUCAGGACUACAACCGAAAAAUGCACGACCUAGAACAAGAAAUUACAACACUUAAGGAUCAAGUGCGGGAAUCCCACUCGCAUACACGCAUCUUGCACCAGGACAAACAGCGACUGGAGAAGCAAAUACACACGAUGAGAGCGCGGGCAUCCGCCGCCGGUGCGGAGAGUAAUACUCAGCCCGAUGGUGAUUCGCCUGUGAGGAAGAGUUCUGCUAGUGGUGCGAGCGGCUUGAGAGAGUUGAAGCUUGGUAGGAGCAAGUCAACCCCGUCCCAAGCUGGAUCGAUAUUCAGCAAGCGUUCCUCGUCAAUGCCGAAGCCUCACGACUCGACGCCACCACCGGCUACACAGGCGCCGCCUCCCGUGCCGGCUCCGCCACCGACGGAUGACCAGCACGAGGCGUUGCUGUUGGAGCUCGUGCAGGCCAAGACUUCCGAAGCUAUCGCCAGGCAAGAGGCCGAAGAGACGAAACAAAAGCUUGAGAGCUUAAGAAAGGCAUACAGCCUCGUUACUGGAGAGGCAGCACAGGCACAACCUGCAGCAACGGCGGCAGGAGCGGCAGCGUCAGCGGCCAUGGGCGUAUUUGGUCGCCUCACGGGAGCAGCGGCAGAGCCCGUCAAGCCGCCGACGCCCGCCCCAGCAGCAGCAGCAGCCGCCGCAGCAGCUCCCGCGCCCGCGGCGGGAGGCUUCUGGGGUUGGAGGAGAUAA